UUGACCGUGUGUUUUGUAAUGAUAUAGUCUGUGGAAAGUGGAAAUGGCGUAGCGAAGUGUAAAUUUGUUUUUACAUUUUGUAUAUAGUUGUUUUAUUAGACGCAAAUCCUUACGAUUUAAGCACCUUAUGUAGUAUUUUAAGUAUUUAUAUUAUUUUUCGUGUUUCGUUUACGUGUUGUUAUUUAGGGCUCAAAUAGCCUACUUUUGGUUGAGGCUUUGUUCACAUCUAUGAAUAAUAAUAAAUUUUGUGGUAAGAUAUUACUUCGACGAGUACAAUGAGCUUAAUCAAGGGUACGGAGAGAAAUCUCAUGGAAACGAGAAGUCAUUCUGUUCAAGGUCUAGCUAGUAAUGUGUCGAGCCCUGCAAUGAAAAUACCAUUACCACCUCGUUUGUGGAUUACAGAUAUUGAAGAUGAAUCGUCUGACGAAAUGAAUGGUAGCUUAAGAGAAGACGGAGUUUUUCCAGUAGAGAGAGCGAGAGUUCGAUCACGUUUUCGACAUCAUAAACAGCGAACAGCUGUUUCUGUGCCAGUUGGAAUAUUCUGGGACAUUGAAAAUUGUCAGGUGCCUCGGGGCUGUUCUGCAAUUGAUGUGGUUGCCGCAAUUCGAGCUAAAUUUCUUACAGGGCGACGUGAAGCAGACUUUGUUGUGGUGUGUGAUGUGAGAAAGGAAUCUCCAAAUCGACUACAAGAACUUAAUGAUGCUCAAGUUAGUUUAAUUCAUGUUUGUGGGACACAAAAGAAUGCUGCCGAUGAAAAGUUGAGGCAAUGUAUGAGGAGAUUCGGGGAGUUACAUUCAGCUCCCGCUGCUUUAUUAUUGAUCUCGGGGGAUAUAAAUUUUGCAGCAGAUUUGUGUGAUUUUAGGCAUAGGAAAAAUAUGGAAGUGAUAUUGGUUCAUAAACAGAACACCUCAUCCGCCUUAAUCGCUUGUGCCUCUUCUCAUUAUUGUUACAAUGAUCUGACCGCACACCUGCCAAGGAACCCUAAGGUGAGUCAAACAGAAGAAGAAGAGCCGACAUGUGAAAUGGAAGUGGCGAAUUUACCGAUGGACCAGCCGCCGGAGCGGGUGUCGAGGCGUCUCCGAAGGCUGGCCGACAAUUGUGGGGGGAAGGUUCUCCGUGUCACUGCGUCUACGGCUAUGCUCAAGUUUCCUACACCUGAUCAUGCUUCGAGAGCUUUAAAACGUAUGGAUGGCGAGGAUGUAUUCGGACGAAAGAUAAGCACCCGAUAUGCGCGGAGUGCAUUCCAGCCGACUUAUUCGAGCGACGAGGGGUAUAGCACUGCACCCGUGCAGCCGAGAGCGCAACCGCAAUUUGUGCAGCCAGUAGCACAGCAUUUAUCAACCGCUCCACCGGAGAGGUCUCGCUGCGUGUCGAGCGAGUGGGCGCUAGCGCUGCAGCAGCUGCCGGCUGCGACGCCACCGCCGCUCGACUUCUGCCCGCCGCCCGCGCCCCGCCCGCGCAAGAUCCGCGGCACGCACGGUACUGUGAACCUAGACCGGUCAGGCUGCUCGUCCAGCAACAGCGGCGACGACAGCCGGCGGGCCGUGUCCCCGUGGAACUCGUCCGCCAGCUUCAGCGAGCAUAGCGAGGCCGAGCUGGAGUCCACCGCCGAGCUCACAGUCUCCAACCUGCCGCCAUACGAACCGAUCGUGUUACAGGAAAUGCUAAUGAAGCUGUUCAACCAGUACGUGCCCGUGGUCCGGGUGUCCAUCUGGGCGGCGGGCGAGGGCCCGCUGGCGACGGUGGUGCUGCGCUCGGAGUGGGACGCGCGGCUGGCCAUAGCGCGCGUGCACAAGCGCCGCCUCGACAACCAGUGGGCGGGCCGCCGCCUCGAGCUGUCGCUGGGCAGGCCCUCGCCCGCGCCCAACCUAGACGUGCUCCGGAUCCGCCUGCGGGCCAUCCUGCUCGACCAGAAGAACUACACGCUGCCGCUGCUGCGCCUGCGCGACGCCUACGCCAGUCGGCAUUGCUGCGCUCUGACCACGUCCGACAUCGCCAAGGUGAAGGACACGGUCGUCAUCCACGAGGGGUUCGGUCGCAUGGUGCAGCUCGUCGACCACACGCCCGUGUCGAACUCGGAGACCGAGGAGGCGCCCUGGAAAUGUCACAUACAUGCUCUCAUGAAUACCGGUCACGAAGACGGAAGUCGUAUUUUGCAGCCGGUCUUUAUGGAGAUAGCAGUUUUGGCAAAGAAUACCCAAAUUAUACUGGAGAAUCACGGAGGAAUAUUGCCGUUACUUAGUUUCGUGGAAUGCUAUGAGGCCGUAUUCCCCCCACUAGUGGCAGACGCUCGACGUGGUGUUGCUUUAGAGUUGCUUCUCCGGAGCAUCCCUAAUCUGGAAGUUAAGGAUAGUCCAUCACGCCAUCUCACUUGGCGUAUCGCCCGGGCUGAUUCGCCGCCUUCGCUAAGUUAUCUGAGUGAGACAUCUCGCUCCAGCGGUGAACGUGAUCGGCCUCGCACUGCACCGGCGCUUGAACCCAUGCUGGCUCUGUUCGAGAGGGAACUCAUUGAUCUCCUCCGUACUGCUCCGCGUUGUUCCAUUCCGUUCAGCAAACUCAUACCCGCAUUUCACCAUCAUUUUGGCCGUCAGUGCCGUGUCGCUGACUAUGGAUUCACAAAACUCCCAGAUUUACUAUCGGCUCUUGGCAACACUAUCGUGGUUUUGGGAUCUGGAUCAUACCGUGUGAUAACGAUUUCCGCGGCAGCGCAGGGAAGACGUUGGACGUCGGAUCUUCUGAAAGUACUAAAGGCUCAACCGGGUCGAACGAUCAUGCUUCAUGACAUUCCCGAAUUGUAUCAAGCUACUAUAGGUCGGCCUUUCUCAACCGUUGACUAUGGAGUCUGCACUAUCGAGGAGCUCAUGGAAAGAGUAGCCCCACAGAGCGUUGUCAUCGGCCCCGACGGGACCGUAUCACUGCCUCGUCGAACCCCAACCCCCGAAGAGCGAGCACGCACCGUCCAAUUCGCAGUACAAGCCGUCGAACUGCUAUGCUAUACGCCCAAUUUGAGAAUGGAAUUCUCCCGUUUCGUGCCAGCGUAUCACGCACAUUUCGGUCGGCAGCUCCGUGUCGCUCACUACGGUUGCGUUAAACUCGUGGAGUUAUUCGAGUUAAUUCCGGAAGCGGUGACCGUAUACUGCGAGCCCUCGGGCGAACGUAGCGUGUGCCUGGCUACGAGAGCGGCUCGAGCCGUGAUGACUCAGAGGCUGCGGGCCUUGGUUCCCGUAGCGCUGACGGCGCUGCCGGCGCGUUACGCGUCGCAGUUUGGAGCGCCUCCGCAGCCGGACAUCCUAGACAAGUCGUCGAUCGAAGCGCUCGUGUAUGCUGCGGGGGGUUUCGUGGAAGGGGGGAUCGUGCAGCUCGCGGAGGAUACGUCGCGUUGGGUGAGCUCGGCGCUUGCCGCCUGUGCCGUGCUGUCCGCAGACCGUAGCGUGGCUCGCGGUUCGACAGAGGAAUACUUCGUCACCGCUUUCCGUAGCCUGUGCGGCGCCGACCCGGACUUGAACAGCCUUACUGCAUCCGGUGUUUUAGAAAUAUGCGAACGUCAAGUUUGCUUGACUGCGACUUGGCGUACCGUGUGGCGAAUUGCACAAAUCCUAUCCGAUCGCUCGGGUCCGCUUCCUGUCAUGGAAAUCGUCAUCGAGUAUUCGAAACGUUAUGGCCUGUCCUUCCUUAAUGCAGAGUUGGAUUUAGAAGCCGCAGUAAGCUUCCUUCGCCAGCACCGCGCUGUGUUUAUCGAAACUGAUGGCGAAGGGUUAUGGAAACUUGCUGCGGGAGUCACUCUACCGCAACGACGUGACUUGGCUCCUGUUCGAUGCGCAGUGGAAGAUUAUUCUGUGUAUGACACACCGCCAGGACAGAAGGGUUCACGCGUGUUCGAAUCACCUAAUACAAAUAUUUGGUGUUCGCCGCCCGCGAGUGCUCUGCCAGCUCCUACGGCAUUGCUGAGCCAAGAUAAUAAACGUCGCACACGUUUGGCCGCUCAAUUUGAUGCAGCGUAAAAUGUUCCCACCUACGAAGCAUUCCAAAACAAUAUCAUAGUAUAAUAAAAAUGCAUGUGUUCUGAUCCAAAGCUGUCAACACAGAGCCGCAACGAAUUUUAUCUCCAGACUAAAAUAAGAGUCCUAAUAAAUGUGAUGUCUAUAACAAUAAUGUUUUAGAUGGCGUAUAUUUUUGUGUGUUUAUUUAGGUUAAGAAAAUCUUCUCGCGUUCGUAAAAUGUUAUCAAGUGCAAGUAAUGUGCAAAUUAAGUUAGUUCUAGCUUGUAAAAAAAAAAAAUGGCGCUUAAUGAUUCGAAUAGCUCUGCAAUGAUACAUUUAAAUUUAUAAUUUCUUUGUAUUUACCCGAGGUUGGCUAAAAUUUACGAAUUUAUCCUAAAUUCUAUCCAAUCUUUGUUUUAUCAUUUGACAUUUAACAUGUGUAAUAUUUAAUUUAAGAAUCUGUUUCACUAGAUUGUAAUGUAUAGAACGCAACAAGUCAGUAUUAGUAUGUAUGUAUCUGACAUCUAGAAAGUCUUGAAAUAAAUUAUCUGCAAUAUUUAAAAAUAAAAUUUUUAUAAGCGAUGAAUUAUACAGGAUUCUAAACCCUAUUUAUAGGCAUUCGCAAUAUAUUUGUCUCGUGUUAUUUCUGUUGGUAUAGCUCUCUUACAUAUCAUGCAGCCCGCCGGAGCCUAAUAAAUGUUAAUUCGGUCAUAUAUAGUAGCGCUUAUAACAUUUUUCGAAUGCUCUUCAAAGUACAAUAAUAAUGUUUAAAAAUGUUAAUUUUUUAGAAUUUUAUCCUUUGAUAUUUGAUCUCCAAUGAUUGUACGAGUACAUAACAUAAUUAUACUUUAAUUUGGCUUUAUAUGACUUAGUUUAAAUCCAUGUUGUGUAAUUAAUAAAUAGAAUCGUCAAAAUGUCACUAUCGAAUUUAUAAUUUAAGAAGACAACAUUUUUAUUAUUUGUAUGUAGAAUAUUAUAUAUUGCAAUAAAAUUUAUAGACUUUAUUUCAAAGAAUUCUUACAAUUACCCAUCAAACUUACAAUGUAAGAGUCAAUUAUAGAUGUUCAAAUGUUUUAUAAAAGUAUUGUAUAGUGAGUGAUAUUGCUUUGUAAGAAUAUGCUUGUGCCUGAAGUGCAAUGAUGGUUUUUAUUUUGGACAUUUUACAGUACAAUCCGUCGUUCCACAUUAAUAGCUUAAGUACAUAUAUUUUUAUAAGAAUUUGGAUCAUAUUUUUAGGAUAAUUUAAAUAUUAUUUUUUAAUAACGGUCAAUCUAAAAAUUUGUUUCAAAUGAUUGCCGUUGUUUAUUUUAAGUAGUGUUAUAUGACUAGAAUCAAAAACUGUAAAAAAUGAAUAAGUAUAUUAUUAAGGAUUAUAAGUUGUUUUUUUAUCAACUAAGAGAUACAAAUAAUGUUAGUGUAAGUAAAUGUGCAAUCAUUUAUUUAGCUAUCAAAUUAAUUGUGAUAUUUACGUACCAAUAAAUAUAUCACUUAAAAAAAAAUUAAAAGAAGCAUACGAAAAUAAUUUUUAUGUAUAUUAUGUACAUAUCUUAUUGAUUGGUACAAAAAUCAAUAAGCACAUUUAUUUACAAGGUUAUCGUUACUCGAAUCUUUGUAUAGUAGAAUUAAUGUGGAACCGCGACAUUGAUGCUUUAAAAUAUGUUAAUGAUUAUAAAAUUAAUAGUUAUUUACAUCAGCCUUAUGUAAGCAGGCCCUUGCAUAUGUUUUCGAGUAUAUUUAUUUAAUGCAAUUAUAUUUAUUGUAACACUGCCAGUCUGCAUUUCAAACGAAACACUAAAUGAAACCACCUGUCCAAUAAUUAUAUUAUCUAUAUUAUGAUUAAGACAAAACUUAUAAUGUAUUUCUGCUGCAAAUUCUAUUUAAGUAAUUUUAUCUUUGUGACUAUAUAUUGAAAUUUAUUCUUAUUUUAAAUGGAAUUCGAUCGUCACAACACCCUUUAUGUGAAUUGAAUUUCAUGAGACUGUAGCAGAUAAGUUAGAUACUUUUAAUUAAUCCAAUGUUGUUUUUACUUUCGUGACCAAUAACAAAGUUUUAAAUUUAUAAGGGUAAGGUAGAAUAAGGUUUUCAAGUACAGUAAGUGAAGAUGUUAGUGUUAUUUUCUACGUCUUCGUCGUUCUGUGAUCUUUAAUUUCUUGUUAGUUUCCAACUAGUGAAUCGGUGUAUGUAUGGAAAUUGUAUCUCGUCAUAAUUGCAUGAAAUGAAUGUAGUGUUGGAAAAUAAAUGUUAUUUUUUGA